AUGAGGGACCGAAGGAGGGAUGGGACGGCCAGAAUCCUUGGCUCCAGGGCUCGCGGCGCCCUUAAUGUCAACCACCAAAAAUAUGGACUUGUUCCCGGAUAUUUGUACACAGAAACCCAUCCCUGGUCCCAGACCCCAGUGACCCUUUUCUACCAAACAAACGUUCAAGCAGUAGUGGUCCUUGCUUUUGAACUCUGCCCAUCACCCGCUGCUGCCACAGCUACCGGCGUGGAGCCCUCCCCGUCUCAGGCCUAG